AUGUCAGCCACACCGCAAGAUGAUGGCUUUACUGCCAUCACAGGCUCUGAUGGUCCUGCGGUUUCAGAACUUGUUGACGCCGCAUCUUCUCUUGAAAGCGACUCUGCCACGACGAAUGAAGCUACAUCUGCAACGAGGACACCGAGCUCUGCUGCCGAGAUUGUUACCGGGUCUGUGACUGCUCCGAGCGGACCAUCGAGUCAACACAUUUCGACACUGGCGUCAGGCUCAACCAGUGUUUCCCUCGACACUUCGUCUCCCGACCACACAGACGCAGACGGUCUGUUCAUUGGCGCCAAAGCUGGAAUUGGCAUUGGCGUUGCCCUUCUGUGCGUUUUCAUCCUCUUUGCCAUUCUCCUGUUCAUCAAACGCCGACGUCAAAUAUCAUCGCACCAUGUUGUCAGGGAAAUAUCUGGGAGAGAACAUGAGCAUUGUCUAUACCAUCAAAAGCCGGAACUGGAAGAUACGAGCACUCCGAGAAAUAGUACGGCGAAUCUGGCGUUCGGGAGAUUGGGGGCGAGGAAAAGCGAUAGAACAACUGCUGAGCUGGAUGGAUCAACCCCAAAACAAGCUUUAUCAUUCACAGCAGCAGAGCUUGAAUCGCAUUCAUGA